AUCAGUCGCGGUCGGCCGAUUCACCUGGUCGUGCUCGUCUUAUGACCCUACACUAAUCCUGGUGGCAGUCCAGGUAGCCUUUUCGCAGCCAAAUGGCCGACAAUCGGGUUCCCAUCAAUUAUCAAACACCUCCUUUUCCGUCCCUCUACGAGCUCUUUCCGACGACGAGUACCGGUGCAUACUAUCUCUACUACAAUAAGGAUAUUUGGCGUUUUACUCUAUACUGGACCUUGAUUUUCUAUGGCGCAAGCCAUCUACUGGUGGCGGCAUGGGCCGUGGCCAUGCAAUGCCGGAGCUGGAAGGCUUGUCUUGCAGUUCCCUUGGUAUACAUGGUCAUAGGUGGAUUAGAGGCGCUUUUAGCGGGGAGCAUCAUUGGCCUCGUCUUAGGUGCAGUUUACGAAGCGGGUAAUUUCAGAAUGUCGACCUGGAUCCCCCUUUUGUGGGGUGGUAUCAAUGUGUUGGUCCUCAUCCUAUCUAGCUUCCCUAUCCCAGGUGGAUUAUGACCGAAGGCAAAACCGAAGCCGAAUCGGGAUACUUUCAUGAUCACAUAACAUUCCCCUUACCUGCUGUGUCGAUAGCAGUUACUCAUGGACAGCUUUAUCGACAAAAUAUGGCCGAGAGCGCAGGUCCUC